ACCCAACUCCGAGGUUCCCCUCGCCGUCCCGCCUGCGCCCCGCGCCCCCCGCUUUGCGGCCGCGGCCUCGGCCCCGUCCCGGAGCAAGCAACAGCCCGCGUGUCCCGGGGGAGCCGCGGUGACCGUGACCGUAACCGUCCGGUGGCUGUGGCAGGGCAGCGGCCGGAGGCAGCGCGGUGCCGCGGGUCCCGCUCGGCCCCAGCAGGAUGUCCCAGCCGCCCUCCAUCACACUCCGCGUCCCCGAGGACACCGAGAUCGAUGGCCAGGAACCGAGCCCGGACAUGGAGGGAGCCCUUCACACCUCCUUCCACCAGCUCAUCCAGGAGCAGAGCAGCUUGAUGGAGGCGAGUCUGGAGCUGGAAAUGCAGGAGAGGGGCAGAGAAACCCUGGCCCACCUGGCCCCCCCAGAUUCCUGUGCCAUGGCCUGGCUGGAGCCUGGGCAGGGUGAGCAGCACCCAGGCUACUCCUCUGCCUCCCUGCAGAUCCUCACCAGCAUGCCCAGCCGCACCAUCGGACGCAGCCGCGGGGCCAUCAUCUCCCGGUACUACAACCGCACAGCCCGGCUGCGGCGCCAGGGCAGCCGCCCACCCCUGCAGCAGCUCUGCCGCACAGCGCGGCCCAGCCUGCGGCAGUACGACCUGGAGACUGACCCUGACAGGGCCACGCUGGAAGACAAGCGGAGGCUGCUGGUGAAGGAGCUGCUGAGCCUCUCGCCCAGCCAGCGCAGCCACAUGCUGCUCACCGUGCCUCUCAGCCUGGCAGAGAAACGCACCCUCCGGCAGGAGCUGAGUGGGCAGAGGGAAUCCCUGGGGCAGCACACCCAGCACCUGGCCUCUUCCUCUCCCUGUGGAGGGUUCAAGGACUACAUCGUCCUCAGCUGCUGGCACCUCUGGUACAGGUUCCUCGCCCUGCUCCUGGCCGUGCAGCCCUGGCACUACUCCCUGAAGCAGAUCGGCAGCCGCUUCGGCUCCAGUGUCCUCUCCUACUUCCUCUUCCUCAAGACACUCCUAAUGUUCAACAUCUUCUCAUUCCUCAUCCUGCUGGUCUUUGUGGUGGCCCUGCAGGCUGCCUAUCCCCCUGCCUUGGCCAGCCCUGAGCCCUUCACUGGCCUCGAGCUCCUCACCGGAGCGGGCUACUUCACUCACUCACUGCUCUACUAUGGCUACUACAGCAACGUUACCCUCAACGACCCCCAUGCCCCCAGCCCCAACUGCAGCACAUGCCCCCUUACAGCCCCCCUGCUCCCCUACAACAUGCCCCUGGCCUAUGUCUUCAGCGUCGGUGUCUCCUUCCUGGUCACCUGUGUCCUGCUGGUGUACAGCAUGUACCGCUCCUUUGGGGAGAGCUACCGGGUGGGCUCCACCGGGGACCUGGCUGUCAAAGUCUUCUGUGCCUGGGACUUCAAGGUGAUGCAGAGGCGCUCAGUGAAGCUGCAGUGUGAGAACAUCUGCACCCAACUGAAGGAGUUGCUGGCGGAGCAGCGAUCCCGGUCCCGCCGCCGGAGCCUCUGCCAGCGCCUGGGGCACGGCACGGUGCUGCUCCUGGCCUGGGCCCUCUCGCUGAGCACGGUGCUGGGCUGCAUGCUGGCUGUGCACUACUUCUCAGAGCACAUGCACCUGGUUCAGCAGAACCAGCAGGCGUGGGGCAGCAGCCAGCAGCAGCAGGAAGCCAUCCUGCUAGUCCUGCCCCUUGUUGUGUCACUCCUCAAUGUGCUGAUGCCCCAUCUGUACAACUUGCUGGCCAUGUGGGAGAAGCAGGACUCGCCCGCAGUGCAGGUCUACGUGGCAAUCUGCAGGAACCUCAUUCUGAAGAUGGCAGUCCUUGGUCUGCUCUGCUACCAGUGGCUCAGCCGGACGGUUGUCUGCUCGACAGCAGAGUGCUGGGAGACAUGUGUGGGGCAGGACUUGUAUCGCUUUGUGGUGAUGGACUUAAUAUUCACCCUGCUGGACACGCUCUUUGGGGAGCUGGUCUGGAGGCUGAUCCUGGAGAAGAGGCUGAAGAGGAAGCAGAGGCCUGAGUUUGACAUCGCCCGGAAUGUGCUGGAACUGAUCUAUGGGCAGACCCUGACCUGGCUGGGCGUUCUCUUUGCACCGCUCCUGCCGGCCGUGCAGACACUGAAGCUGCUGCUGCUGUUCUAUGUCAAAAAGACCAGCCUGAUGCAGAACUGCCAGUCCCCCAGCAAGCCCUGGCAAGCAUCUCACAUGCGCACUGUCUUCAUCACCCUGCUGUGCUUCCCGUGCUUCCUGGGAGCUGCCGUCUUCCUCUCCUACACUAUCUGGUCGGUGCGGCCAUCGGAGACCUGUGGUCCCUUCCAGGGACUGGAAACCAUCUACAAGUCAGGGAAGACCUGGGUGCAAGUGCUAGAGAAGUCCAGCCCAAACAUCUCCUGGUUCACCUGGGUCCACCAGCACCUGGUGGAGAACCCCCUUCUCCUGUUUUGUGUGUCUGGGGUCCUGCUAGCCGUGGUCUACUUCAACAUCCAGGUGGUGAGAGGCCAGCAGAGGGUCAUCCACCUGCUGGAGGAGCAGAUUGCCAACGAAGGGGAAGAUAAAAUAUUUCUCAUUCAGAAGCUUCACUUCGCUUACGAGCAAAGAGAGAGACGCGCCUGAGCCCCAGGUGAGGGCCAGGGAGGGGGGCUGCUGGGUGCUUGGAGCCUGUAUCUCUCCUUAGUUCCAGGCUCCCCAGGAAGGAGUGGGACAGGACAGGACCCUGCUCGCUGACUGGCUGGAUCCAUCCUUUCUAAGCCAUUGUGGUGCUGGAAGCAGUGGGACCAUGCUGAGCUGGUGAAGAUCCUCUCUUCUGGGUGGCUGCAGCCAAGGACCCAAUGGGACGUGUCAC